AUGUCAGGAGCAAGGCAUUGGGAACAAGACAAGGAAGCGACAGUAUACAUAGGAAAUAUCGACGAGCGAGUCACGGAUAGUUUGGUAUGGGAACUCAUGCUUCAAGCUGGCCGGAUAGUCAACGUCCAUCUCCCGAAGGACCGCGUAACGCAAACCCACCAAGGUUAUGGAUUCGUGGAAUUCAUUAGUGAAGAAGAUGCAGAAUAUGCUGCGCGUAUAAUGAACCAAGUGCGAUUAUAUGGAAAGCCAAUACGAGUGAACAAGGCUUCAGCAGACAAGCAAAAGACGGUAGAAGUAGGCGCAGAACUCUUCAUCGGAAAUUUGGAUCCAAUGGUCGACGAAAAAACACUCUACGAUACAUUUUCCCGUUUCGGCUCCCUUAUAUCGCCUCCAAAAAUUGCGCGCGACGAAGCCGGCCUGUCAAAAGGAUACGGAUUCGUAUCAUACUCUAACUUCGAAGCUUCAGAUGACGCGAUUGCGAAUAUGAACGGCCAAUACCUCAUGAACAAAGACAUCAGCGUACAAUACGCGUACAAAAAAGACGGAAAGGGAGAGAGACAUGGUGACGAAGCAGAGAGAAUGCUCGCUAGUCAAGCAAAGAAACAUAAUGUGGUACCAGACCUACCGCAGAUGCCAGCGCAGCUGUUAAUGAGUGGAAAUAUCCCAGCUGCUCCAGCGGCGAUGAUUGAUCCGUCAAUGGGAGGACCGGGAAUGGUUGGACCACCACCAGGCGCAAUGCCACCAGGAUUUGGGGGACGGCCGAAUGGAGGUUACAAUUCAGUCCCACCACCACAGCAGAGACCGAAUGCACCGUUGCCCCCUCCACCGAGUGGGCUACCGCAGAGACCACCACCUUCGCAAGUCGGAUAUGGCGGGCCACAAGAUUACCACCCUCCUGGAUUCGUGCCGGGACAGAUGCCACCACCGGGCUUUGGACCACCAGGUGGGAUGCCGGCUGGGUUUGGUCCUCCUGGUGGUAUGCCACAAGGCUUUAUGCCUCCACCUGGAUUUCCUCCACAGCAGCAGCAAGGACCGCCAGGAUAUGCUCGGCGGUAA